AUGGAUGGAAAACGGGCGGUGGUGACCCUUCACCCCUACAGCUUCUCUGAACCCAUCCCAUACCGUUCCUUGACCUUCACAUCCGACUCGGACCAUGUUGAAAUCGGCCGUGCUUCCAAGCGUGAGGCAAAGAAUCUCGCUCCCACCGAUAAGAACGGUCUCUUUGACUCGCGGGUCAUGUCAAGAAACCAUGCGAAGAUCCGGGCAUGCUUGGAUAAGAAGGUUGUCUUCAUCUCCGAUGGUGGAUCUAUGCACGGCACCCGCCUGAAUGGCAAGAAACUUUGCGUCAACCAAGAAGUCCCGAUUAAAACGGGCGAUCAGGUGGUUUUUGGCACCGAAGUCACUCGUGGCCGCGACACCUAUCCUCCCUUGUCAGUUCGUUAUGAAUGUCAAUGGUUUGGCUUUGAGGAAAAUAAACCUGCAUCUUCUAGCAACGCCGAUAGACCUAAAAUAGCCACCAACACGUUUUGUGUACCGGAUGAUGAUGAUGAUGAUGAUGAUGAUGAUGAUGAUGACGAUGACGACAAUGAUGUUCAGGUCAUCGGCAAACCGGCGCCAGUGGUAUCCAUAGUUGAGAGUAGCUCUGGCUCUGAGGAAGGUUCAGAUGAUGGAUCAGUCAUUGAAGUCUGCUCUCCAAGUAACAUCCCAUCUAAGGACAUUGACGGCGAAGUCCGUGGUGGCUCACAGCACACGCCCAUCGAGGUCGAUAACGAGCAAAACGACCAACCUCUCGUGACUCCCAGAAUGACACCCUCCUCGAACGAUGGCGCCAUUACAGAUGCAGAUGGUGAAGCCCGAGAUCGGCUUGAUGAGAGCGGUGACCCCGAGCGUCAUUUGAUUGAUUACUCUGAAGACGAAUUCUCUGCAGACGACUUGGCCUCCCAAUCAGAUGAUGAUGACUCUGAAUCGGACGAAGAAUCAAUCUCUGACUCGUCUUUCGAAUCUGAUAUUGAACUGUCAGAUGCAGAUGGUUACUCCGUAACGGUGCACAUUCCGUCCUUCCCAGAGAGUCGAAAGCUAUCUCACGCCGACGACUCCAGCGGUAAGAAAGAGAAUGCGAUAAGCUAUUCAAACAGUCAAGGAGAACAUGCGCCGGGCAAAAAAGCGGACGGCACCGGCGAGUUACUCUCAAACAAUUCUCGUGUAGACAGCAACGUUGAACUGCCUGAAAUCCGCGGGGAUGCCAGGAACUCGAACCCACAAACUGUCUUAGAGCCUGUCUUAGAGCCUGCGGUGACCCCCAAACUGAAUCCUUCGGCUUGGUCGUCUAGUCAUCAACUGUAUGCGAAUUCCCAUCUCCAUCUGCAGCCAUAUGGCAAAAUCUUUGAUCACUCGCUCACCGGAUUCCAUUCCAACAGCUAUGGCGGAGGAUUCCAUGAGUGGCCGUCGCGUGGCAGCCUGCCCUUCAACUAUCAAUAUGGCCAGCCAAGGAAUGUGUUGAGCAUGAGUGAUUUGCCCCUGAGCGACGCCUACAGACCCGCUUCAUCAUAUUACCGUGAUGGACCCUUUGCCCGCCAGCCGAUCAUACCAGGGGUAGCCGGUGAACUAGGCUCUAGACCUGAGUAUGAUACAAAUCCUGCGGCACCAGAUACCAUUGGAAACGGAGACAUCUCAAAUUACUACGGCGACGAACGAAACACUCAUUCAAGACCAGACACUCGCCUGAGAAUAUCCGAUAUCGUUUCGUUACCCCAACCACCCACACAAAGGACUUGCCGGAAGCGAAAGGUAGCAGACCUGGAGGGAAAUAGUCCAUUGGAUUUCCCGCAAUCACUGCUCCACGACACAUCCAAUUUCGAAUACAACGCUUCGCACGAGAACCAGCAUGUCGGGGUUGAACUUGAAGAACCCUCUCAUCCCGAUGCUCAGCCACAGCUUGAUCCAAGUGGCAUGGAAGAAGAUCCAUACACGCAACUCACUACCAUAGAUGCGACCAAAGCGGCACCUUCACUCGGUGACCUGGCCUCUUCUGAGCCACAGAACGAACGACCAUCCAAGCGGGCGAAGACAUCUGAGGCCUCGAAGAUUGGAAGCCAUGCGGCCACCGCAGUGGUCAGUGCUAUGCUAGGGGCCGUUGGAACCGUCGCUUUGUUGGCCUCCCUCCCCUCUGAUUACUUUAUCUAG